AAAAAAAAAUGAAAGAAAAGAGAAGAGGAAAAGAGAAAAAGGAAAAAGGAAAAUUUUGAUAAAAAAAUCUCUCAUUUUCCCCUUCAAAACCUAGGGGUUCUCUCUCUUUUUCCUUUUCUUUGCUUUCUCUAUCUCCAAUGGCAACCCAACAGAGGAAUGCAGCACCGGCAGCGAAACCAGGGCUAAGGAAGCCAGUGUUCACCAAAGUGGAGCAACUGAAACCUGGGACAAGCGGCCACACUUUGAUUGUCAAAGUGCUCUCUUCCAACGUUGUCUUACAAAAGGGUCGGUCUGUUUCCCAACAUCUCCGCCAGACCCGCAUCGCUGAGUGUCUUAUUGGGGAUGAAACUGGUUCCAUAGUCUUCACAGCUCGUAAUGAUCAAGUUGACCUGAUGAAGCCCGGUGCCACUGUUAUUCUCCGGAAUGCAAAGAUUGACAUGUUUAAGGGAUCAAUGAGGCUAGCAGUUGACAAAUGGGGGCGUGUUGAGGUCACCGAGCCUGCAAAAUUCAUAGUCAAGGAGGAUAACAAUCUCUCUCUAGUUGAAUACGAGUUAGUGAAUGUGCUUGAGGAGUGACAAAAGUUUUAUAGCACUAUAAAUCUAUAGAAAAAGAGUAGCUUCAGAGUUUUCAAAAGCUGUGGUGGGUGGUUUCAUCUAAUUUUCUGGUAACCUGAUACUUCUGCUAUUACCGCUCACUUUGUGAAUGGUAAAUGUAGUUUGGGUGGUUAAUAGGUUUUACUAAAACCAAAAGUAAUGCAGUAUGUUUUGUUUAGUAUGACAACUAUGUUAUGUUUUUAAUGCUGAUAGAUGGAAGCAAUGUUGAAUAUACUCUUGUUACUCCAAUAUGAAAAAAAAUGAAAGAAAGUGAAAAAUUCAUCUUGUUCUCAAAAGAUGAAAAGCCCCAAAG